GUAUUUUCACAUCUAUAUGUUUUUUAACGUUCCUUACUUGACAUGAAUCGAUAUUAUCAUGACUGAAUUAUUAUAACUAGGAUAAGGACUGACCAAUAAAGGAAAUUACGUGAGACUUCUUGUUACUUGAAUGUUUAUUGACUUUUCUUAAAAUUUUAUCCUGGUAUUUCUAAUCUAGAGUAAUAAAUGCAACCAAAGAAGAAUUAUUGCAAUAGAAAAUUGGCCAUUAUUCUUAUCUAGUGCCAGAUCCAAACAUAGCUGAUGGAGAAGGAAGCUUAUUGGUCUUGCAAGAAAUGCAUAUGUUUGUUGUGCUGUUUUCAAAUAAUUCUUUUUCAUUGCCUUGAGAACCUAUUCUUGUGGCCUUUUUAGGUAGUAAAACAUCUAAGAGAUCUUCUUCAUGUUAUAGGGAAGUGACCCCCCCUUCUCCUGCAUUUGAUUGUGGUGAGUUCUGUUAAUAAUUUUUGGCUUCUUGAUGCAGGACUUGGAUUAUUCUGCCCCGGUUAAUGACACAGAGUUUCUAAAUUUUGAUGAUGAGGAAGUAGCUGAUGAUUAUAUGCCUGAUGCUGAAGAGACUCGCUUAACUGAGAACACUGGGUGGUCUUCACGUACAAGGGCUGUUUCCAAGUAUCUUCAAGUCUUGUUUGAGGAGGAGGCAGAUUAUGGAAGGAAGUCACUUUCCAUGGACAACAUGUUAACUGGUAAAACGCGCAAGGAAGCAUCAAGGAUGUUUUUCGAAGCAUUAGUUCUUAAGACAAGAGACUAUAUACAUGUAGAGCAGAGGAAUCCUGUUGGUGACAUUACCAUUAAACCUCGAAUGAAGCUGAUGAAAUCGAACUUUUAGAAUACUGAACUUGGCUUUUUUCUUGUGGAGAUUAGAUUUCUUACUUCUAAGUAAAUUUUUUGGGGUUCGUACUAGAGAAACCAGGUAGUUGUAGUUGUAACUGUUAAACCUGUAGAUUGUUUCUUGUUAAUGUACAAAUAUGUUGUAUAACUUGCUCAGUAACCAUACUUGUAUAGCAUGGAAAUACUUUCUAUCUUGCCAAUGGAGAUGGUUGGUUAUGCAAUUAAGAUGGAUAUAUGCUUGUUACA